AUGGUUCCCGAAUCUCCAAACAUUUAUUACUCCACCGGGCCUGAAGCGGCUGAAAUGGGCAAUGUGGAUAUCGACCCAUUUUGGAUUCCACGCGACCCACAGGCCAUUGCCGAUGCUGAGGAAGAUGAAGAAUUUGCAGGACUUGAUGCCAUUCCAGAAACACAGGAUGAUUGGGAAGACAAAGCCGAAGAGGAAGAAGUGGAAGUGGAAGAAGUGCCCGAGUGGAAAGAACAACCAUGUAUUGGUGGCGGGCACGAGUCGUCGAGUUCGAAUUUAAAAAGAAAGUCUGCCGAAUCAAACCCUACUCCAACUCCACCAUCUGGAUCAAACGCUACUCCAACACCACCAUCUGGAUCAAACGCUACUCCAACACCGCCAUCUAUGGGCGAAGAAAUGGAAUUCAACGUUCCUUUGCCGUGUCUCAAUGAAGAUCCUGCUCCAUCCCGCCAAUCAAGGGGGAAAAAAAGGCUACCAGUGAAGAAUCAAGCCGUUGUUUGGUUCGUGAUACCUUAUCAACCCAUACGACCGAGAAGGCAAUAUAUACAACCUCAUGAACAUGGUAAACUGUCUCAAGUUGAACUUUUGGUUGUUGAUGAAGCUGCGGCUAUUCCACUGUCAGUUGUCAAGUCUUUGAUUGGGCCUUAUUUGGUUUUUCUUUCUUCCACAGUUAAUGGCUAUGAAGGUACGGGGCGAUCUCUAUCCUUAAAGCUUUUGCAGCCACUGGAACAGCAAAGUGAAACAUCUACAGAUACGAGUGAUGUUCGUUCUGUCCGACGUUUCAGUAAGAUAGAGUUGUGUGAAGCUAUCAGAUAUGCACCUGGUGAUCCAGUUGAAUCAUGGCUUAACAAUUUACUCUGUCUCGACAUAAAAAAUUCCGUCCCUGAAAUCAAAAGGUUGCCUCUCCCCAGUGAGUGUGAUCUUUAUUAUGUUAAUCGAGAUACGCUUUUCUCAUAUCAUGAAUCGACCGAGUUAUUUCUGCAGAGUAUGAUGGCUUUAUUUGCUGCUUCUCAUUACAAGAAUUCUCCAAAUGAUCUUCAAUUGUUGGCUGACGCACCAGCUCAUCAAUUGUUUGUGUUACUUGGCCCUUUCAACAAGUUAAAGGACCCAGAUAUCCUUUGUGUUAUCCAGGUAUGUCUUGAAGGAAAUAUUUCCAAGGCUUCAGUCAUGAGAAGUUUAAGUGCUGGUCAUCAACCUUCUGGAGACCAAAUUCCAUGGAAGUUUUGCGAACAGUUUCAAGAUACAAACUUUGCAAGUCUUUCUGGUGCUAGAAUCGUCCGCAUUGCGACACAUCCAGAUGCAAUGAGGCAAGGAUACGGAUCAGUUGCGAUAGAAUUGCUGGCAAGGUACUUCAAGGGUCAAUUUGUAAAGACAAAUAGUUCCAAAUCCGAAGCAGAUGUCAUGAACGUUCCAAAAUCUGUACCUCUCAAGAUUACUGAAGCUGCCAAGCAAGCGUCAUUGCUUGAAGAAAACAUAAAGCCCAGGUCGGGUCUUCCAUUGCUUUUUGAGCGUGUUGAUAUAAGACAACAACCUGAGAAGCUCCACUACUUGGGUGUCUCUUUUGGGCUUACUUUGGACUUGUUUCGUUUCUGGGGGAAACAUAAGUUUCUUCCCUUUUACAUAUGUGAAGUUCCAAAUUCUGUGACCGGAGAGCAUACGUGUAUGAUGCUGAAAACACUGGACACGGAUGAUAUCGAAGUUAACAGUUCAGAUGAUCUUGGAUUUUUUGGUCCAUUCUAUCGAGCUUUCAGGUCAUCUUUUACUAGACUUUUGUGCUCUCCAAGUUUUAAUACAAUGGAUUAUAAGCUUGCAAUGAGUAUUCUGCAUCCAAAACUCGACUUCACAGAUAGUAAGUCUACAUCAACCAUCGCACAUGGUGGUAUAUAUGAUGAUAUCAUUAAAUCUCCCAUCAGUAUGAGAAAGCUAGAAGCUUAUGUGAAUUCUCUUGGUCAUCACCAUCUGAUAUCAGAUCUCAAACUGCCACUUGCAUACCUGUACUUCCAAGAGAAGUUACCGGUUAACUUAUCGCGUGUUCAGGCUUCUGUGUUGUUAUGCAUGGGCUUGCAGAACCAAGAUGUAUCUUAUGUCGAGGGGGUGAUGUCGUUAGAAAAACAUCUAAUAUUGUCGUAUUUCAUGAAAGUCAUGAAGAAAUUUUACAAGUAUUUGGAUUCGGUAACUACACAACAGUUUAGCGCAAAUUUGCCCCCAGUCAAAAAAGCUUUCUUGAGGCCACACUUGGUUUCAGUUGAUGAAGAUCUUGCUGAAGCCGCAAAGAAAGUCAAGGACGACUUCAAAGUGAAAAGUGGUGCUUUGUUGAAUCCAGAGCCUUAUCAUAGAUAUGCUAUUUCCAACGAAGACGUGGAUUUUGAGAAUGCUUUGAAAAAUGGCGGCAGUGGAAGCUUACCCUCGGAUGGUAUAGUUAGUGUCAAGUCUAAUAAAACCAAGUCAGAAAAGUCUAAUAAAACCAAGUCAGAAAAACUAGACAAGAGUACUGACGGGAAAACAACAAAGAAAAGAAAAGCAUCUUUAAUGGACUAA